GGAGAAAGACAGAUGAGGAGGAAGAGGAGGAAAACAAGGGUGAAGAGGAACAAUCACUUUCUAACACUGAAAUGAAGAAAAAGAAGAAAAAAAAGACAGAUGAGGAGGAAGAGAAAGAGAACAAGGAGGAAGAGGAACAAUCACCUGCCAACAUUGAAAUGAAGAAAAAGAAGAAGAAGAGGAAGACAGACGAGGAGAAAGAGGAAAGCAAGGAUGAAGAGAAGGAAGCUACACCCACAAUGAGAAGGAGAAAAGAGAGUAGUUGUGACAGUGACUGGUGUGCGAGAUAUGAAGAGAACGCAGAAGUGAUUAGGACAAGAGCUCUGAGUAAAGGAGAAAGGACACAAGAGGAAGAGGAAAUAAUGGCACGUAAAAAGAAGAGGAGGAGAAUGGAGAACAAAGGGACCGAAGAUAGUGAAUGUAGUGAAGCUUAUUUCAUAGCAAAGAAGAAGAAGAAAAAGAAGAGAAGAGAAGCAGAGGAAGAGGAGGAGACAUCACAAGUAUCCUCAGAAUCUUCCUUCAUUUCAUCUUCUGGGAAUGUGAAGAGGAAGAGAGACAAAAGAAGAGGAGAAGGGCAAGAAAAUAGGUCUUCUUCUGAGGACCAUACAUUUAUCAUGCCAGAAAAUAUAGUAAGGAGGAAAAGUGAGAACAGUAAUAAGGAAAAGGAUCAAAGAAGGAAGGAAAAGAGAGAAGCUGAUAAAGAAAUGACGAGAGAAAACACAGACUCGCACACAUGCCAGGUAAUAAACGUAGGAAGACCCGAAAUAUACGAAAACUUGUUAAGUGGGAAAACAAACAAAAAAAAACACAUAGAAAUAAUACAAGAGAGACUAACUAAAGAUGAACGAGGAGGAGUCCUGGCCCACUCAAGGGAUUUGGAGUUAGAGAGGGAAAAACUGAAGAGAAAGCUGUGUGGCGGAGUGUCUCGUUUAGCCUACAGUGGAUUGCUUGGCUGGCAGACCGACACCUCCGUAGAUGACCAAGACUACAGCGAUGACAUUUACCACCGGCCCAGGGAUGUGAUGCAGACGAUGAGGAGGUGGGAAAGGAGUGCUGCCUCUGCUGAAAAUGAAGGUUUUAUUAUAUACAGUGAAGGAGAGGACAUUAGUGGCUUUAUUUCCUGUUUGAGCUCAUCAGGUGAACAGAGGAAGAAAGUACCAGCUAGACACGUCCCGAGUGAGCACCGGUCCUCCCCAGGGUUUGCCCUUGAACAGAGGAACAUACCCACCCUGGAGGAGGCCACCUAUGAGUUUCCCCGAGGAGAAGGCAUACCGGAAGAGGAGAUGGAGGAGGUGCAUGAGUAUGAGGAUUUCUGGAAGAUAAAGGACAAGGUGAUGCAGAUGCCACUGUACGCCGAGGAAGCGAAAAAAUACAUUGAUGAGAAGCUGAAGUAUGUUGAGGAUUACUUUGAAAAGCUGAAGUUUGGCCACCUCACCCCUGCCGAUCUGAAGGAGGGAAAGCCAGAUAACUUUGAUGACCCUUUCUUCCCUACGCCACAGCAGCUUGAGUUCCUGAAUAACCUGAACAUCGUAGUGGACUGGCCGCUGAGUGAGCUCCACACGUACCACAUUGACUCCUACACCAUCCCCUACAAGCCUAAAGCUGAGUGGAAGGCCUUGAAUAUCUUUGUUGACCACACACGCAUCUCUCUUAGGGACGAGAAGAUUCUUGCACGGAACUGGUUUGCAUUUCAGAAGGAGUACGGCUUCUAUGACCUGCGUCCUCUGGUGUCGGUGCGGACUGCCAGGGUGUUGCGGGAGAGUGGCAAUGUGAUGGUGCAGCCCUUUGAGUACCUGAGCCAGAGGAAUAAGGUGCACUUCCUUCUCUACCUCGCCAAGGAUCUUCCAUAUCGCACCCUGAUAAAUAUAUACAGAAAAGCAAAGAAACUGUUGCCGUUCCUUCGAGGGCGGUAUCUGAUGAGGAAGAUCCACCAAAUGAAUGGCUUGGUACUGGCAAAGAUGAAGUAUGUGAUGGAGAUCUUUGGUGCUGAUAUGUUGGCUGUUGAGCUCCUCGUUGGCCCUGCACUGAGCUCCUUCUACGCUGCCUCCUUUAUGUCCAACUUCCUCCUCAGAAAUGUGAAGUUGCGUCUGGGGCCAUGGCAGGCGGCAGAGGACAAGCGAAUGUUGCAAGGUCUACAAGAAAUCAUGAAGGUGAAGAAUUUUCAGGAAGCAUACAAGCUGGUGAAAAUCCCAUGGGUGAAGCUGUUUCCUUAUAUCAGGACCAGAAGUAUCCCAUACAUGAGGAGGAGGUUGUGUAUUCUGGCCGGCAGGAAGAAGGAGAAAUACAACGUACACGUGAGGAGGAAAGAAAUCAUUAAACUGUUCUAUCUGCUGUACCAGAAGGAUGUGCAGAGCUUUCGAGAACUGGACUGGGAGGAUCUGGGUAGGCAGGUGGGCUCAAGAAAUCCUAUCAGGCUGGAGUGGUGCUUCAAAGGUUUGUUCAUGGAAUACAUCCCUUACAAGCAGAGGAUUACAAUCCCUGAAGGCUUGCAGUACUUCCAUGACGUCAUCCUCCCUCGCUAUAAGUACUUCAUUCGUUCUCGAGGGGAUGUUGACUCUGAUGACAACCAGGACCCUGACCACCCUGACACUGACCCUGAAUGCCUUGACCCUGAAUCAAGAGAGGGUUCAGUUCAUGGCCUUGGUGAUCUUGAUGAUGGUGGUGAAAGAGGUAGUGGUGACACUGACCUUAGGAGCAGAGAUGAGGUCAUGAGAGAACAGAAUAGCCAUGGAGAAUCAAGUGACCUUAGGAACAGAGAUAAGGUCAUGAUAGAGAAAAAUAACUUAAGUAAGACGAAAAGAACUUGCUUUGAUGAAUUAAAGAGUAGAAAUAAGGUCACAGAACAACAAAAUGACCUUCAAGACACAAACGACAAAAAGAACCACACAGAUGACCUCUCAAGCUCUCGGGCAACCCAGGAUGACCUAGCACAAGCUGGUAAGGCCCCUCUGCAGGAACUAGAUGAGAUAACUUACAUUCCACAUAAGCGUGACCUUGAGAUCUUGAAUAUUGACCUCUUGGACUCGGACCUGGAUAGUGAUGGGUGUGAGUUUGAAAAGGUCACAUUUGGUCAGGCUUUGGGGAAAAUGUAAAGUGUGUGAAGGGAGAUAGAAAGUUUUUUUUUUUUUUUUCUACUGUUUUUUUGUUUUGUAUUGUAAAAAGGAAAAGUGGUAGUAGUAGUAGUAGUAGUAGUAGUAUCAUGAUCACUGUAGGUAAAAUAGUUUCAUAUUGUAAAAAUGAACAUAAGUAAUAAUAGUAUCACUAUCAUCUAACCUUAUCAAACAGCAGUGAAUAUCUUAACCCCUUCACUACUGGGACACAUUUUUACCUGAGAUUUGUGUAUGUUUAUACCAUUUUUAUUGACAUUAGGAAGGGUCUAUGGAGGUCAGAAGAUUAAUGGCCACAGUCUUCACCAUUGUAAUCCCCCACAUGAAUUUCUAAAGUUGUAUGAAAUCACCAAAUAGUCACCAGAAUGAAUAUGGAAAUGUUUCAUGGUACUGAAGUGGUUAAAGUGUGAUGGAGGUGUACUGAAGUGUCCUCAGAAUUGUUUACUUAUUCAACCAAAUCAAACCUAACUGUACUGAAUGUAACCAGAAAGCAGUCAGUGUUACAUCUCGUCUGUGGUGCUUAAGCCUUAUGGAGAUCUCAGUGUGGUAUAUCACUAUCUUGUUACUUAAAUGAAUAAUAGAUAAGUUACUAUAAGCAGGGCCAUUUUAUUAUUAUUAUUAUUAUUAUUAUUAUUAUUAUUAUUAUUAUUAUUAUUGUUAUUAUUGUCUUGAAGCAGCACAGAGUAAUUUUAAGAGUUGCUAUAAGGACAUAUGAAUUAUUGCUACUUUUUCAAUAAACUGAUGGAGGAUUUUUA